AUGACCGCUUUCACUCGCCCCACAAGCGACCUCACCAGCUUCGCCAUCUUUGCCGACAUCUUCGACUCCUGCAUCGCCAACAGCGACACCUGUUCAUUCGUUCCCACCGCCUCCGACCACAACGGACUUCUCGGCGACCACCUGGAUGAUCAGAACUCCCUGGAGAAGGAGGACGACAAUGACGAACUCCGCGAGUCAAACCGUCGGUCACAGAAUAUCACACGCGUGUACAGUCCGUUGAGAUGCGUCUGCAAGAUAUACUCGAUGAGGAAGAGGAAGAAGGAGCGUUGA